ACGGUGCCAGCUGUGAGGGCAGUGGGCGCAGGCCUCCAGACACCAUGAGCGUGGGCUUCAUCGGGGCUGGCCAGCUUGCCUUUGCCCUGGCCAAGGGCUUCACAGCAGCCGGUGUCCUGGCUGCCCACAAGAUAAUGGCCAGCUCCCCAGACAUGGACCUGGCCACUGUUUCUGCCCUCAGGAAGAUGGGGGUGAACCUGACGCCCCACAACAAGGAGACCGUGCAGCACAGUGACGUGCUCUUCCUGGCGGUGAAACCACACAUUAUCCCUUUCAUCCUGGAUGAGAUUGCCGCCGACAUUGAGGAUCGGCACAUCGUGGUGUCCUGUGCAGCUGGCGUUACCAUCAGUUCCAUCGAGAAGAAGCUGACAGCGUUCCAGCCGGCCCCCAAAGUUAUCCGCUGCAUGACCAACACGCCGGUCGUAGUGCGGGAAGGAGCCACUGUGUAUGCCACGGGCACCCACGCCCAGGUGGAGGAUGGCAGGCUCCUGGAGCAGCUCAUGGGCAGUGUGGGCUUCUGCACGGAGGUGGAGGAGGACCUGAUUGAUGCUGUCACGGGACUCAGCGGCAGUGGCCCAGCUUAUGCAUUCACAGCCCUGGAUGCACUGGCUGAUGGGGGCGUGAAGAUGGGGCUUCCAAGGCGCCUGGCAGUCCACCUCGGGGCCCAGGCUUUGCUGGGGGCCGCCAAGAUGCUACUGGACUCCGAACAGCACCCAGGCCAGCUCAAGGACAACGUCUGCUCUCCCGGUGGGGCCACCAUCCACGCCUUGCACGUGCUGGAGAGCGGGGGCUUUCGCUCCCUGCUUAUCAAUGCUGUGGAGGCCUCUUGCAUCCGCACACGAGAGCUGCAGUCCAUGGCCGACCGGGAGAAGGUCUCACCAGCUGCCAUCAAGAAGACCAUCCUGGACAAGGUGAAGCUAGACUCCCCUCCCGGCACCUCACUGGCCCCUUCUGGCCACUCCAAGCUGCUGCCCCGCAGCAUGGCCCCGGCAGGCAAGAAGGACUGAGGUGUCCAACCUGCCCGCAGGCCACUCUCUGCCUUUUCCUCCUGGGCUCGGAGCUCUGUGCUGGGAGUGUCUAGCCCCAGGCCUCACAGGAUGUCCUCACAUCCCCCCGUGGCUCUGGUCCACUUGGGUCAGUGGAGCUGUAGCCAGGGAGGGGGCACAUCACUUCCCAGUGGGAACCUCCAUGGUCCCCAAGUGUGUCCUGAUCCAGAACAAGGAAGGAUUCUCUGACGUCAGCCUCCCCCUUCCUCUGCCCCCAAACCAGGUCAGGACCACCUUCCUCCAGAGCUCAGGAGGCUUGGGGGGCUUCAGCACCCAGUGUCAGCUGGCUUGGGCUUGAGUACAAAGGUCAAGGUCCCCGCCGACCCACCCCACCCCAACCAUGAAUGCCCAGCCAAGGAGAGAGCUUGAUCCCACUCCUGCCCUUUCUCCACUCCUUCCUCAGUGUGGGAAGGGCCAGAGGGUCCCUGGAAUCCAGCAAAAGGGCCAAUGGUUCUUGGCCAGCGUGACAUUUGAGAAAAGGGCUCCUCAGAUGGUUGAACGCCCGAGGCCCCAGUACACUCAGGCCAUCAUCUCCCAUUCCUGGCCCAACCAACAGAUGCUGUCAUUUCUGUCUCUGACUUUUCAGGUUAAAUAAAUUGGUUUCCAGCCCCA